AUGGAGAGUCCCUCUUGCAGCACUCUGACUGCAGGCCCUCUGUCUUUGGCUGCACAGACCGUCAUGGCUGCGCUGAGGGCACAGUAUGCUGGCAGAAUACACAGGACCAGACACAGUGAGCCUCAUCUUGGCUCCAGCUCCCUGAUGGAGAGAGCAGUGGAGUCUACCCAGACAAUCCCUACAGAGUCCAGCGACUACAUUAAGCCACCAUGGAGACUUCUCCAUGAGGAGAAAGGGAGGCGAUUUUAUAACCAUUCCCCCGAGAUGGAGCUCCCAAGUCAGCCUGCCAUUUCACUGUUCCAGUCUAAAGAUAACACGUUUAGUGAAUGGGAAACCGAUGAACCAGGCAGUUUGAAGCUCAGGGAUUAUGGACUUGACGGCAGUCUGUUAGCAUUAAAUGAUAAUAAGAUUACAGUGUCUGGAAACCAUAUUCUAAAGAUACAUACACAAAGCGAAGAGCCAUUCCCUAUGAAAGACUUUUCUGACUGGGAAGAUCCACAGGCUGUACCAGAUGCCAUAGUGGUACCAGAGAAACAGAGAGAAAUCUCCAGAACAAAGAAAAACAUUCGACUAAUGUGCCUCAGUGAGGAUGUAUUCAAAGCAGAGAGAGUGACUCGCGCUCCUCCUCGGAAGCGAUGGAGCUUUAGUCAUCUGCAGAUGCCUGCAAUGAGCUGCUCCAAGGACUUUAUUGAAGAGCAGAAGAGUGACUUUGGAAGGCAAAAUAGGGAAGGAAGUUCUAAGAAGAUGGAAGCUGACUGCUUUGAAGGAAAAAUGGAAACAGUUGAGGGAGUGAUGACAAUGCCAAAGCAAAGGAAAGAUCAGGAAGUUGGAAUGUCAGAGAAGAUUCAGUUGAAUGGACUUUGGUCUGAGGGCCCUGACAAAGAAAGUGUAGUAUGUGGAAAUGGACAAAAAGGAAAUAAAUUACAACCAUUACUGUGCCACAGCCAUUUGAAAGACAUCGCAGAGAGUUCUAAGAGAGAGCUUCUGAAGAGUAGUCUAGACCUAGCUGACUCAUCUAAUUUUGAUGACAAUACAAAUGAACUAUUUCGUCCAAGUGAGAACAAUUUGCAAGAGCCAAUUCAAAAGGUGUUUUAUAUACCCAGCUUUCCUCUUACUUCAACUAAAGCCAGAGGGUUUGACCAAGGCAGAAUGGUCAGGGAUGAUGGAUCAAUGUAUACAGUUAAAGAAAUGGAGGAGUCAGGACCAGGGGAAUGGGACAGCACCUGUAACAAAACUGAUUUGUUCACACCUCGUCCAGGUGAGAGAAAUGUCCAGAUGGAAGCUGAAGUGAGUAUUGAGCAAGAGGACAGUGCAGAUUCUAUGGUCCCAGAUACACAUACCAGCCACCAGGAGCUCUCACAGGAAAAUGGGAAUAAUGGAAGAAGGCUUAUACCUGGGGUUUUCACUUCUGGUCCCAGAGAUCUGCCACCCUGGAAAGUGGAUAAGAGAAGUCCUGGAGUGGAGACCAAAACUGUUGUUGCGCCAAAGAAACCAGGGAAAUGGAAGCCUCCAAAACCUACACAGGGUGGCCCCAAAAUCACUUUAUCCCAGGAAACAUGCCCUAAACAUGGAACCAGCAUGCCAGCAUUCUCCAGCCCUUUUCAACAAUCUUCAAUCCCUACAGGCACUAAAGUAAAGCUUCUCCACCAGACACAGCAAAGCAAGAGUACUGAGCUCCUGAACCCACACAAGGGUGCUCUGGCUUUAAAUGAGAGACCAGAACAGAACUCUACCCUGCAGAAAAAACAGAAGAAACAAGACACCAAAACAACUAACCACUCCUACAUCUCUGAAUUCCCCAAACAAAAGCGCUCUGCUUCAGAAAUAGACAACCAAAUACACCCAGAGCACCCAGAGGGAGUCAAGGAGAGAUACGCAAUCUCAGCAUCAUCCAGACUCACCCUAGCCUUGCCAUCUGAUGCACGAGUUUGUGAUACCAGCCGUCUGUCCCAGGAAGAGAGGGUAUGCGUGUUGGAGGAGGCUAGCAGAGCAAGAGCACUGGUGGUUUCAAUGGUUUACCAGGAUGGCACUACACAGCUGGACCCUGAACAGAAGCCUCUUCCUGCUGUGUGUGGACUUUUGGUUCUGCUCAAGAAGAGUCUGGAGUCAUUGGAUUUAGACCAGACUGGAGCUGCUAAAGAGAGAGUGCUGCUCCUGAGGCUGGAGCAGAGACCUGUCUGGGUUCAGCAAGACUCCCAACACAACCAGGAUCUUUUCACCAGAGAGAUACUGUUGCAGAUGGUGUGUGGAAUGCAAAGUUUAGUAUGUUAUAAAUCCAAAGAUCUGCUCCGGACCAUACUCAGGCACUUCAGCAGAGAUCUGAGCUGGAAGCAAGUGGCUGCUUGCCAGGUGUUGGAUCCUCAGAUUGCUGCAUGGUUACUAGACCCUGCAGACUCUGCCCACUGCUUCCAGGACCUGCUCAGCAAGCACUGCUCACUUCCAGCCACACACACCCCUGCACAGCCUGCGCUCGGACACAGUAAGGUAACCCAAGCCAUCUCCAAUCUGUCUCACCUACACAGGCUAAUGGUAGAACUCCAGAACAAGCUACAGACACAUGGUCUGUGGCAGCUGUACUUCUGCAUGGAACAGAAGAUGAUUCCAGUAUUAGCGGCUAUGGAGAGUCACAGCAUUCAUGUGGAUAAGGAGAACUUAAAGAAGACAUCAGACAUGCUGGGGAAUAAGCUGAAACAGUUGGAGCAGGAAGCUCAUCAGGCCGCAGGCCAGCAAUUCCUGGUGUCCAGCAGUGCCCAACUUCGGCUGGUUCUGUUUGAGAAGCUGCGUCUGCACGAACGCUGUGAGAAUAAGAAGCUGCCCAAAACUGUGUUCAAACAACAGCAGUCCACUUCAGAGGCUGCGCUCUUACAACUCCAGGACCUGCACCCCUUGCCCAAAAUCAUUCUUGAACACAGACAGCUUCACAAGAUCAAGUCAACUUUUGUGGAUGGAAUUCUAUCCUUUGUGAUGAAGUCAUUCAUCUCUUCCACGUGGAAUCAGACAAGUACAGUGAGUGGAAGACUGUCAGCCAAACAUCCAAAUUUUCAGGCUCUUCCCAAGCUGCCAGUGCAGAUCACUAAGAAGCAGUAUAUUCAAGGAAAGGAGGAAGAGUUUGUGACUGUCCAUCCACGCUCCAUGUUCAUACCCCAAGAAGGCUGGACCUUCCUCUCUGCAGAUUUCUGUCAGGUGGAGCUGCGUCUGUUGGCUCAUCUGUCGUCUGACCCCGAGCUCUUGAGAAUCUUCCAGAAUCCUGAAGCAGACGUCUUCACCAUGCUGGCCUCUCAAUGGAAGGGCAUAAAUGAGGACAGUGUGAGUUCAGAGGACAGAGACCAUGCCAAACGCAUCGUCUACUCUGUAGUCUAUGGAGCAGGUAAGAAGCGUCUGUCUGGUAUUUUGCGUGUCAGUCUUGAGGAGGCCAGCCAUUUCCAGGACAGUUUUCUCCAAACCUACAAAGAAGUGCAGAACUUCAUCCAGCACACUGUGCAGCACUGCCACAAAUACGGUUAUGUAAAGUCCAUAAUGGGUCGGCGCCGUUUCCUCCCUCAUGUUCACUCAACUGACUGGGGAGUCCGGAACCAGGCGGAGAGACAGGCUGUCAACUUUGUAGUGCAAGGUUCUGCUGCAGACCUCUGUAAGAUGGCCAUGAUACAGAUCUGCUCACAUGUGUCUUCUUCCACCACUUUCACUGCCAGGCUGGUGGCUCAGAUCCAUGAUGAGCUGUUGUUUGAGGUGGAGGACUCGCAGGUUGAGGACUUUGCAGUGUUGGUGAAGGAAAUAAUGGAGUCCCUUGAGCACAUUGACUGUCUUGGAGUCAGCCUUAAUGUGCCUCUGAAGGUUUCUGUGUCUACAGGGCGAUCGUGGGGCUCCAUGUGUGAACUCAGCCUCCCCCAUGCUGCCGCCCACACCUCUCCUUGAACGCUUCAUUCUGCUUCCAUCUGUUCUACUGUAUGUUUAUCUUUCUUGUACAUCACUUUCUGCUUGUUGUGUCUUCAAUUUCUGUGUCCUCUUUGCUCUUCUUUUCUAUUCUUGCCUCUCUUGUUCCCGCUCUCCGUUUCUGUCCAUCUAUCUCUCUUUUUUCUUUCUCUGAGCUGCAACCCAUCGCCAUGGUAACCAGACUUCAGCAGCUCCCAGUCCUCGUUCCUCGCCAGCCGUAUCCGGGGGCAACCGCAGGAGCAGACUGGAUCAUACCAGUUCCUAUCUUUUCUUGUUCUUCUUCUUCUUUUUCUUUUCAGCCUCUUUUUGCCACUACUUGCAGUUUUGGUUCUCUGCUCUCUGGUUUACACCAACCUCUUCUGUAGUUCUUCUCUUUUCAGUUACCAGUGAAAUUCUCUUCACAGUUUUCUUCGUUCGUUUUUAAAUAGGUUACAUAUUCAUUAAUAUUUUAACUUAUUUAUGCAACUUUUCUUUAUUAAUUAAAUUCCAGCUUCGACAGCUUUAGCAGCUGUGAUUAAACCUCACUUGUUCAGAUUUUUAGCCACAAAUAUUUAAAGUCAACCCUUGUUACAGUUGCUCAACAGUGAAGGGCUGUGCAGAAAUUCACAGU